GAGGCCGCCCAGCGCUCGCCUGGGCUGUUGCCGCCUGCCAGGCAGCUAGCCAGCGCUCUGUGCCUCCGUCUCUCUCGUCUCCCGCUCAGUCGCGCGGACAGGCAGAUAUCCAUACGGUCCCCCCACCCCCUCCGCCCUCCUUCCUUCCCUCCCUUCCUCUCUCCCGGAUCCGAUCUGCCCGCUUCUCCAGGCGAGCGGCACCGCCAACGGGAGCUGAAGCUCGGAGUGAGAGAGCGCAAGAUCCAGGCAGGGGGGAGGCCAGGCCGGCCGGCGGUGGUGGGGCUCCCAAGGUUAAAAGAAGUGUCUUGACGGCAAAGCUGAAAGGUGGAUUAUUUCUUUAAAAAAAGAGGCCAUGUGUGCACAUCCGUAGAAAUGGUUUGCGGCUCAGUCAAGCUGGAGCUGACUAAAUGAAACUAUGGGCUGUGCAUCAGCCAAGCAUGUUUCUGCUGUACAAAAUGAAGAGGAAGCUCAGAAGGGGAAGAAUUACCAGAAUGGAGAUGUAUUUGGUGAUGAGUAUAGGAUCAAACCUGUGGAAGAAGUCAAAUACAUGAAAAACGGGGGAGAAGACGAUCAGAAAAUAGCUGCGCGAAACCAGGAAAACUUGGAAAAAAGUGCCAGUUCACAUGUAAGACUUAAGCCUAAUAAAGAACUUCCAGGAUUAGUACAUCAACCUAGAGCAAACAUGCACAUCUCUGAAAGCCAACAAGAAUUCUUCAGAAUGCUGGAUGAGAAAAUUGAAAAGGGUCGUGAUUACUGUUCAGAAGAAGAAGAUAUCACAUAGUGCCAAUUCUGCCGAUCAAAACAGGAAUACUACUGUGUAAAUAGAUUACGGUCCAGUCAAGAUCUUUUUUGGAAGUCUUCUCCAGUGAACAGCACUACAUAACAAAAGAUCAUUUCCACAUUGUAUGCUCCAUUCAGUUACGUUGUUUCUUAAUGACCAUACAAUGAACAUGGCUAAAGGAAAGAAGAACAAUUUGUAUGGAACUGCCUUGGCUGCUGCUAGUUGAAACUUAUUGCAAGUUUUCAAUUAUCUGGUGUCCAGAAACACAGCAGAUCUUUGACAUAAAAUCUAAGUGACACUGUAGAUUUCACUUGGGCUGUUGGCCUAUUUUCUAUUGGCUGAGGUAGUGUUGUGCAAAACCUUCCAUAACUGAGCAGUUGAAUCUUCCAGUCCACCUGGUUCAUCAACCCACCAAUGGGUUGUGGAGUUCUUAUUAAUACUGACAAUGUAGAGCUUUGGAGAUGGGAAUUGCUUUUGCCAUGACAGACCUCGUUUCUCUGCUAGGAAGAAGUUAUCAAUUAAAAAGCAUGUUGUCACACAAAUACUGGAUAUGGUGAUGCAGGAGCAGAAAUCUGUAUUUUUUUUAAAACAAACAAAGAGUUUCUUUUACUAGGUAUUUCAAUCGAGGAAUAAGCUUGCAGUAUUGGCUUUGCUGACCGCAAAUGGAAGUUGUGAUCACAAUCAGUUUGAAUCCCUCUUUUUUUUCUAAGAAAAUAAACAUUUUACUGUUUUUAGGUA